AAGUAACUGUCAUGGUUUCAGAAUUUUUUCCACCAUCUAAGAAUGCUUUUUGGCUGAUGGAGAAGUUAAAAAUUUCAACUUUUCUUCAGCCAAAAGUCUAUUUGGCUGAUAAUUUCCCAUUUUAACUCGUCUUCUCCCCCCAAAAAAAUUCUUUUCUCUGGCUCUUUGGAGCUCUAUACUCAAUUUUUUUUCACAUUUUCACUUUCAAAAUUUUGGCUUACUGCUUUCGAUUAGAAUUUUCAGGAAAAAUUCUGGAUUACUGCUUUGAUUUACUCUACUCGACGGCUGUGGUUUGAGGAUUGAGAAUCGAGAUAAAAGAAAUGGAGAAGGGAAACAGGCAAGUAGUUGUUUCAGCAUUGCAAUUCGCUUGCACCAACGAUGUGCCCACCAAUCUCGCCACUGCCGAAAGGCUGGUUAGGGCUGCUCAUGCAAAGGAGCAAAUAUCAUUCUUAUUCAGGAACUGUUUGAGGGUUAUUACUUUUUUCAAGCACAAAGGGAGGAUUUCUUUCGGCGUGCUAAGCCUUAUAAUGAUCACCCUACCUUUAAAAGAGGUUAUAACAUCAGCAGAGUUUCACCCUACCCACUGUGAUAUGCUAGCAUAUAGUAGUUCAAAGGGCUCAAUUCGCCUCAUUGAUUUGCGGCGAUCAGCUUUGUGUGAUUCUCAUGCCAAAUUGCAAGUGUUUUACCGUUUUAGUUUCUUUUGUUGGAUUUACUGAGACUUGCACCAAAAUUGAACUAUUGUUAUUAUCCUAAAGUUUAGAUUUAAACAAAAUAUGUUCUGUGAAAGUGAGGCUAUUUCAUGUAUUUGGUGGGUUUUAGAGAAUUAUAUCUCUUUACUCAUAUUUAGAUAUGUAUUGGACGCAAGUAGGAUAUAUUUCAGUUUCAGUUAAGUUGUGCUUUAUACAAUAUUAUUUGUAAUUAUACUUGUAUAACUUCUUAAAAAAAUAUUGGCCAAAAGUAUUUCAAACCA